GCCUGGUAGUUAGGGGGGAUAUCUCUACGAGUUAACUCACGCGCGGUAGAGAACAGAGGAAGCCUAAGCCGACGAAAGAGAGACGACGACGACGACGAAGAUGAGAGAGACGGUGAAGUUAAUAAGCAUGGAAGGUUUCGAGUUCAUCAUCGACAGGGAAGCCGCCAUGGUUUCUCAGACCAUCCGGAGCAUGCUCACUUCUCCAGGUGGCUUCUCGGAAUCGAAAGAUGGUGUCGUGACUUUCCCUGAUAUUAGCACCACCAUUCUAGAGAAGAUCUGCCAGUACUUUUAUUGGUCUCUACAAUACUCCAGAGGCAAGGAGACGGAGUUCCACAUCGAGCCUGAACUGACUCUGGAGCUAAUGAUGGCUGCUAAUUAUCUUCACACUUGAAGAAUCAAAAUGAUAACGCUUCUGGAUCUUAUUGGACUUAGUAUAGCUUCGUUUGAGGUCUGGACUUAAAGAUGUAAAUCCCUGGAGCACUUAUGUGGGAUUAUAACGUAAACGUUUAACAAAAAAAAUAUGCAUUGAAUUCUUGCAGAACUAUUGAAUAGCUCCAAGGGAAACACGGCUACUUUGUUUACUAGUUAUGACUAUUUAAUGCAACAUCAAAGUCUUGUGGUUGCUUAUGCUCAAACAGCUCACAAUGCUUUGUAAUAAGCAACAAACAUUAUGUCCUAAUAACGAUUUGUUUUUGUGCUA